UUGUCUGAUAUUUCUUUUGUCAGGUAAUUAAUCAAAACAUGAACAUACAGGAAAACACAUUUAAGCUUAAGACAAAUAUAUUAAAUUAUAAUAUAUUAUUUAACUUGAGUUAGGUUUAACGUUGAUUAUAAAGUCGCCGGUUUUGGGAUAGAUCAGAAAAAGCAAGAACAAGUUUUGAGUUUUAUAGAAAGAAAAUAAGAGUGUAAUGGAUGAACUGCAUCGCGAGUUAUUGAAGAAGAGAAGGCCUUACUUGCAGGAAAAUGUCAUCAUGGAGAAUGGAUUACUUAUGAAACUGAAAGAGAAAGGUCUAUUUUCAAACACGAUGAUCGCGAUUAUUCAAGGCGAGAGUGAUCCCGAAAUACAGAUGAACCGGAUGUUAGACAUGAUACCCAAACGAGGCCCGGAAGCAUUCAAUAAAUUUUUGGAAUGUUUAGAGGACGAUUAUCCAUGGGUUGUAAAAAACUUCAAAGAAAAAGAGAUAGAACUUAUAAAUUUCAAUGCAAGAGCGAAUUCGGAUGUAAAUCCAGAAAUAAGACGAGCAGUGAAGGAAUAUAUCCGAGAACUGGCAAGAACUACGAGACUGAAUUUAGCACAGCAGAGGGCAAUGGAAGACUUUCUCUGUAGACAUAUCACCAUAGAUACCAACUUAAACAAUGUUAAACUUCCGGGACACAAACUUUACAACAUUCAUAAACAAUUACUCUCCGUUAUCCCACUAACAGUAUUUGACGAAAGUGACCAAAUGGACUUAAAAGCAACACUACCAGAAAACGUAAGCAUUGACAAAAUAGAAAAAGAAGUAAAACAUUUAAUUGAUCGUGUACACGAGUUAGAAGCACUUAUUGAAACUUGUUAUGAAAAGAUAGGGGAAAGUGAUCGCACCGUCGAUUUACCAGACCUGGUUCAUACUCAGCGUAGACUGCUUUUGCAGAAAGAAAUAGAAAUUCAGGAAUUGAAGAACCAAGUGUCUACACAAAUGCGGAGAAUGAGGUUGACAGUUGAUAAAGCUAGAAAGGCACAGGAGGCUAACCAGAAAAAUGAAGAGGAAAAAGAGGAGUUGGAGAAAUCCUUGGACACGUUAAAGACAAAGAUACAGAAGCUACAAGAGGAGAGACAGAAGAUGGCGAUGAAGAUGGCGUUUGAUGGCAAUUCAAGUAUAGGACCAGCAACAAGUACUGCUCCAUCUUCUCCAAGGUCAAAGUCGUCUAGAUCAACAGAGACCAUUCCAAAGGGCUUAUCUAAAGCACUAGCGAGCCGACGGCAGAGCGAAAGGUUACCAACACGUGCCUUGGAAAGUUGAAUCCGUGUCGAAUCUGAAGUUACUAGUGAUCUCGCAAACAGUUCCACGGUAUUGAUAAACAAAAAGAACGGAAAAACGAAACCAUUAGGCGCACAGUCCGUUUAAAGUAACGCCUCGCGGUAAUGUGACUUUAUACCAUGUCUUGAAAAAUAUUUUUGUGAUAUGUUCACUGUCAAUACAUUUCAUUGUAGUUAGAUUAAAUCCGUGUCGAUUUCGA